AUGGCAGACGCACAGGUCCUCACCCCGGACCAGAUCCAAAAGCUUCUCGCUGCUCAGCAAUCACAAGCCUCGAACUCCUCUUCCACACCCCUCGCCGCUGCCGCUCCAUGCUCGUCAAAUCGACUUAAGACAUCCUUUAAAAAGCGACGUUCUUUCGAACCGUUCUACACCGGUGGCGCUACCGCCGUUACUCCCGAUGGUGCUUUGCUGUUUGCGACGCUCAACGACCAAGUUUGCGUUGUGCAAGUGAGCACAGGCAAUGUGGUCCAACGUCUCGCGGGCGAUACGGAAGAGGUGACCGCUUUGACGGUUUCACCUUCGGGAUCGCACCUUGUCGUAGCGUCGCGCAGCCUAUCGCUCAGCAUCUAUACGCUGCCUGAAUGCAAGUUGGUCCGGAAUCUUGCAAAGAGUCAUCAAAGCCAGGUGAAUCUCAUGAGCAUCGAUCCCACCAGUACCUUGCUAGCGACAGGCGGGUCGGACGGCGUUGCAAAAGUGUGGGACAUUGAACGAGGUUUCUGCACGCAUGCGUUUAAAGGGCAUGCUGGUGUCGUAUCUGCCCUCGCCUGGAACAUGCCGCCUUGUUCGUCCACGUCAAAUACAACCAGCAAGAAGAACAAAUCCAAAUCAAAGGCGUCAUCUGACAACACGGCAACAAGAAUCAUCCAGCUGCUCACUGGAUCUGUUGACGGCAAAGUGCGAGUAUGGGACCUUAACAAUCCUGCCGAAUUGCAUAAGCCCGUCGCGACUCUGACGGGGCACGAUUCAGUAGUCCGAGGAAUUGCCGUCACCGAAGACGGGGCUACACUCGUCACGGGUUCGCGCGAUCGCACGUUGGUCGUCUGGCGUCUUCCGGCAUCAGCGGCAGCAAAGUCAAGUGCUCAAGCCGCAGCUGGUUGGAAGCAAGCCGAAACGCUAUCCGCAAACGAAGGGAUCGAAUCGGUCGGAUUCUUGCCAGCCACAAGUCUUGGCGAACAACAGGUGUUUUGGACGGGCGGAUCCGAUGGAAUCCUUCGUCUAUGGGACGUUGCAUCAUCCACCAUUAUCGCAAAGGAACCGAAAACGUUCAACGAGCAACUCGCACACUAUGCAAAGCAACAACGUGCCAAACGCGCGUCAGCUGCAGGCCGCACUGUAGACCAUGCAUAUGCGGACGACGAGGAAACACGCGCCAUCAUGGCGGUCCACCUGGUUUCCAAUGCGUUGGGACCACAGCUCGUAUCGGUGCAUGCCGAUCAGAACAUCGUCGUUCGAUCCGCUGGCGGCGCGGCCGGAGCACGGCUGAACAAGGUGCGACAGUUGAUUGGGUUCAACGAUGAAAUUGUCGAUUUAGCGCUUCUCUCUUGCACAGCUAUUGACCACACGACGGUUCAGGAGACGCAUUUGGCGGUGGCCACCAACAGCCGAUCGUUGCGAGUGUAUACACUGGGUGGAGCCGAUGGUGACGAGACAACGGCAGAGUUACUGGCGGGACAUACCGACAUCGUCUUGUGUCUGGACAAAUCGCCGGAUAUGCGGUUGCUCGCAUCCGGUGCCAAGGACAAGACUACGAGGAUCUGGGCGUACGUCCCCACUUGGCGGCUCUCGACUUGUCUUGGCUCAGAGCAAGGUGCGGACGAUGGCGGAGUCAAAAUUUCUCGUCACACCACAUCCAUCAGUAACGCAUCUGCUGGCUCGCAUGUUGAACAAGGCGAGUGGGUGUGCGUCGGCAUUUGUGAAGGGCACGCCGAAUCGGUCGGAGCCAUCGCGUUUGCGCGUCGUGCGUCGUCUCCCGGCGCACCCUACUCUCCAUUCAUCGUCACCGCCUCUCAAGACCGCACCGUCAAGAUCUGGGACCUAUCUCCUGUCAACACGCUCCUCUCUUCUACACAGCCCAUCGCGCAUCCUAUUCAGCUCAAGAGCUUGGUCACGCAACGCGUCCACGAAAAGGAUAUCAACUGCCUCGACAUCUCGCCCAACAAUGCCAUGCUCGCUACCGGAUCGCAAGAUCGAACAGCCAAGAUCUUGUCGCUCUCGUUUUCCGCGUCUUCCUCCAAGUCUUCUGCGGCAACGGCAAGGUUGACAACGCUAGCAACGCUCAAGGGCCACAAACGUGGCAUUUGGGCCUGUCGCUUCUCGCCCGUCGAUCUGGCGCUAGCUACCGCUUCCGGCGAUAAGACUGUGCGUCUUUGGUCGCUCAAAACGUUCACCAGCGUAAAGCUGUUUGAAGGGCACACGAACUCGGUUCUGAAACUCUCAUUCCUGUCGGCGGGGAUGCAGUUGGCUUCGUGUGCAGGUGAUGGUCUGGUCAAGAUCUGGAACGUCAAAGACGAAGAGUGCACCAGCACGAUUGAUGCUCACGAUGACAAGGUUUGGAGUAUCGCGGUGUCGUCGGACGAAAGCUGGAUGGUGAGCGCUGCUGCGGAUGGGUCUAUCAGGGCGUGGGAGGAUCGAACCGAGGAGGAAAAGGAGGAGAAGAGACAGCAGAGGGAGGAUGAAGUCAGGAUGGAACAGCAAUUUGGCAACAUGCUGGUCGACAAGGAUUGGAGGAAUGCGAUCGCGCUCGCGUUGCAGAUGGCGCAACCGAGACGCUUGUUGGGCCUGUUCACGCAUGUCAGCCAGUGUAGGCCGCAAGUGGAGCGUGCCAAGAGGAACGCGCUGUUGACGAGUGCACUACAAGUGGAUAGCGAUGAUGACCAAGAUGAGCACAUGAUCGCAUUCGAACAGGACGAUGAGCCAUUGAGAGCGGCAGGUAUUCCAACUGAUUCUCGUCCUCAUCGUCCCCGCAACGCUUCUACGAAUGCCCACUCUCAGAGUGACGCCUCUUGCGCUGCCGACGCCGACGCCAACUCGAUCACCGGCCUAGCAUCCAUCGACUCGAUCCUGUCCACGCUUCCCCCGAACCAACUCAUCCAGCUCCUACUCUACAUUCGAGACUGGAAUACCUCGACACGCACCGCUCCGAUCGCGCAAACUGUGCUUCAUGCGAUUCUUUCUACUCAUACAGCCUCGUCGCUGAUUUCGAUUUUCGAUUCGGCCUCGAAAUCGCAUCGAGCUGCGCUCGCCGAGAGGCUGGAAAACGAAGAACUGGGGAUCGUCGCUCCACUAGCGCAAAAGGAGAGCGCCAGACAGAGGAGGUUGCAAAACGAGACCAAGGUCGAUUUGGCGUCUUUGGUCGAAGCUCUGUUGCCGUAUACCGAGAGGCAUUGGCAGAGGGCGGAUAGAGUGUUGAUCGAGGCGAGUAUGUUGGAGUACAGCGUGCAAGCGAUGGACACGUUACUUGGUUUCGAUCAAGACGACGACGACGCCGCCGAGCAAAACACAUUUGCAGAUCAGCUGCGCAGUGCAUCUGUCCAGGACGAGCAUGUCGACAUGUCGGACGACGAUUCGUUGUGA